AUGGAGGAAGCAGCCAGCAUAGGUAUGGAGGAUCAAACGCAGGAGAAGCUGGAACGCGCAGCACUCAACAUGCUUAUCAGCAUGCUGGACCACCAGCUGAAGGGUGGAGACUACAGCAGUGCUCUUCUCAGCGCUCUCGCGGUGAUAGGUAUUGCUGAGAAUAGCAGCUGGGUUCAGAUCACAGACUACACGAUAAAGUACUCAGCCGUGGUUAAGGUAGCAUGCAUGCUGGUGAUCCAUCAGGUAUAUACUAAGCGUCGUGAUGAGGUCGCUAAGCUGGAAACGUCUCUGGGGAAGGAUGAAGCAGAGGAUGCAGCGUGGAGUUUGUUCCAGUAUAUGCAGGCGAAGAUUCUGAAGAUGCAGACGUAUAGAAUAUAUAUCUAA